AUGGGCGCGCGUGGGCGCGCGCUUGCAAGACACGUACCGGUCACCAGCGCCGGCAUCCGGGGAGGAGGCGAGGCGACGGGUGAUGCGGGUGGAGAAGUGACAGGGGUGGUGGGAAAAGACGAGGGCAGGCCAAUGAUGUGGACAGAAAAGGGCUGCCGGUUGAUGCGACCAGGGCUGCUCGUGGGCCUUCUUCUCUUUUGGCAAGGUGGUACCGGAGGGACCCAACGUCGGUCAGUGACCAUUUUCAUUUCGCUGCCGCGGCGGCAUUGCACCUUCGAUGUCGACUUGCCCUGUGCGGGCGUUGCACCGUAUUUGGGGUUUGUCUCUCCAUCCCCGCGGUGAGUGCGACGAGACUAGGAAGCUGAG